AUGACUUUGAUUUCAGUUUUAUCUCUUGAACCAUAUACACGCGCGAGUUCCACAAGAGCACCACAGAUAUAUCACGAAGAAUGUCUGAGGUUGGAAAAAUUAUACUUCACAAAGUGGGCAGUACAUUAUCUAUCAAAAACUGGAGCAACUGAUAUCACUCUGUUGCGAAGUUAUGAAAAUGAAUACGAAGAGGCCAAGAAGGGAGAUGAAAAUGCUGACCCCCGUAGAGACUGGGGUGGACGAUUACGAGCACGUAUUUCUGAGAAGUGGAAAGAGAGAGAACUUCUUGAUGACGUCGAAAGUGUUUACAUCGCUGAACCGCACACAAACGUGAAUGUGAAUAAAGAGGAACUGAAGAAACAGUUAACGAAUACUGGAAGUAAAAUUGAAGCUCAACUCAAUAUUGUCAAGCAAUUGGAAUCGAAGGCGAUACAAGCAGCAAAUAAAUACAUGAAUAAUAGAGAUGAUAAGUCACUUGAAAAACAAUAUUAUGAAGCCGAUUCAACACUAGCCAAAGAAUUACGUAAUCAUAUUUACAUAUUGUAUAAUAGUUUAUAUCAUUUAAUUGUAAAACUGUAA